AUGGGCUGGGCUCGAUGGAUCAAAACAAUUCUUGCUGGUGGCUCAGUGGUCGGACUGGGUGUCAGUUGCUUUAUAUUCACCACACCAACCGAUGAAGAAUUAAUUGCUAAACUCUCGCCAGAACUACGUCAACAAUAUUACGAUGAGCGAGAACGGCGCCGCAUGGUGAGUCAGUGGGCCGUGGGUGAGGCACGCAAAACUGCAGCAAGUAGUAAUCCUAUCUGGAUGACUGGUGAAAUUCCCAGUGGACUUGUUCGUGGUGAAGAUGGUCAAGGUCGUCGUGUAAGUCCUGCCGAAGCAGAAGCAGUCCAACGUGAACUGGCCCAAGACCCAGAUGCUGCAAGAGCUUACGCAGAAGGCUUACAAUACGCACCACCUAGUCUGAUUAAACAAAAGGAUUCUUGGGCUGCUAAACAACACAUGGAAAAACAGCGUGCGAUAGAAGAAGAAAAACAAAGACUGAGGGUACUUGCAGAGAAGGAAAGCAAGGCGUAG